CUCGAAACGUCAUCAGUUAACAUAACUGUACAACACUGUGUGAUUUAACAAAAUAAAAUCUUAUCCAUUAUGGAGUUAUAAUCCUCCACUCUUGCGAAUCGCACUUAAGUACUUAGCACCAAAUAGCUAAGAUCACUUCUGAAAUAUAUAAAUUUCUGUAUGCUUAGCAUUAUGUUAUAUACUGAAGAAAUUGGACACGCAUUUCACUUCGUGAAGAAAACGAGCAUAACAGAUGUGGUUAUUGUGAAUUCAAUUCAACUCAUAGUUUGUUCUCCUCAAAUGUCUAAGAAAUAUUUCCUAUGAUAUUAGAGAGUGAAACCAACCAGCCAACACUUCAGUUGUGAAAUAGUUCUAAUAAAUAGAUACAUGAUUUGUAUAGUAGUAUUUACUCGCAACAUAUAUAUUUGAGUUUCUACUAAUAACUCUCCGUUAAGAAAACUAAUUACAUAACUCUCGAUUUUAUAGAUCUACUCUCAGCAUUAAUUAAGAUAACAUAGUUAGGUGGAGAAACAGGGUAGACACCUAGUUUAUUUAACUGAACCAAAACUAUAACGCUCAUGUACUUGAAAUGACACCAAUCCCUGACUAAAUUUUGAUGCAUGAAAAAUUGAAUGGAACUUCUACAUUCGUUUCAUUAAGCUAACCGUAUGUUUUUGUUUUCUUUUGUAGACUCAAUGUCAGUUAUUUGAAAAACUUUACCGAGCCUGGUGUUAUAAUCCAGUUUCAUUAUUAUCACUUUGUUUGUUGUCGCAGAAUUAUAAACAUUGUAGCCGUUUGGUGAAAUCAUUGUAUCCUUUGACUGAACACAAUCUCUUGCAUAUCAUCAUUACUUUUCUUUUCCCACAAGAAAGGAGUGUCAAUUGGAAUUCCAUGCGAAAUAUUUGCCUAGUAAUUAAAAUAUUUUCGAAUCGCUAGGCGACAUAAGGCGAAAUCGUAGAGGUUGAGUAAUUCCUUAUUAGUAUUAGAAAUAGAACUACCAAAAUAGUUUGUAGGUGGUAACAUCAUACUAGCUUUCAACUGAAUUUACUGAAACUUCUUAUUUGCAAGUAUUCUUAUGUCAUAUUUUCCUAAAUGAUCGACCCUCUUAAUGAGUAGUUCUGAUGGAUUGACUGUGUUUUUCAAGUUCAUCAGUAGAAUGUGUUUAAUUUAGUGUCUGGUGGAGCCCUAUCACUAUAAUUUGUAAUCUGAGAGUUUGUUUGUUUGUUGUCCGUGAGUUACUUUUAUCACAUUGUGACUCAAGGUAUUCUGCGUUGAUCAGCUUUCAAGCAUUUUAUUUUCAUAAUAAGUAAAUAUUAGCUUGUUUUCUUAACCUAAGUUUCUUGCAUCGCCACUUGAUCAUUAUGCAACAAGUGGAGGUAUUGUUAUAACCGUUGAAAUGUUGUACGAUUUGGACCAGUUAAUUCAGAUGAUUGAAUCACCAAUAUUCACCAGUAAGUUGUAUUACUUAUUAUCUGUGUCUACUUUAGAAAUCUUCAUUACUGAAAGACAGACCCAAAAUCAGCAUUUUUGGAGAUGUGUCAGUUUUACUUUUGGUGAAUUGAUAGCCAGAUUUCAGCAUGUUACAGUCUGUACACUCAUACGUAUACUGUUUAUCUGGAUGAAGACAUGAUAUGUGUAACACAUGCACAAAUUUCAAUAGUUCGCACAGACAGAAAAUCUUAUACGAGUAAUCAGCAGCAAUAUUUAUGUCAAAAUAAAUGAGUUUCCGAAAUUUUGAGAUGUACUACAAUGCUGAAACUGUGUCUCCGGAUGCAUAUGCUUGAUAGACGUUUCAGCACUGAUCUUCGAGAAACCUUAUAUUGCUUACUCAUGUGUCUUCCACAAACGGAUGCAUUUCAGACACUUUGGAGACGUUUACAGUGUUUACCGCCCGUGGAAUGCAUUUCAGAAAGUUCAGCUCAUACUCCAGAACAUCAGUAUUCUACACAAAAUGCGGUUGGUAUACAUAUCAACUUUGAUGGAUUGUUUGAUCAUUUUCACCAAAUUCAAAAGCAAUCUGAGGAAUAUCGUUUAAGAAACAUGAUAAAGCGUUAUGGAGUAUCUCAAAAUCAUACUACUAAUUCAUCAUCUCAUGCUAAUCAUUCUAGUAGUAUUUGUCUUGAAAGUGACUGUAAUACGUCGCGGAUGAUUCACAAAGAAAAAUCUACGGACAACUCAAAUUUCUUCGAUAGUCCAACUAAAAUUUACUCUAAAACAGCAAAUACGCUAUGUUCUGCAAGUGAAUAUUUAACUGAGAGUUUCACGAGACUCGGUAUCAACACCGACUACUGGGUCCCUUCGAACAUUGCCGAAUGA